AAUCGUGAGAGCACGAAGAUAGAAUCAACUAACUUGAUUGACCAGAGUUCGGUUGGUCGUUCGGUUUGUCAGUCAGAAGACCACUGAGCGAUUUAUAUCCAAACAACUGUAAAAUCAACAACAAUAUCCUAUAUCAACAACUUCUUAAAGAUUGAUCCCGCCAUAAGAGAGGGUACUCAGCAGGACAAGGAGGUAUGAAACGACCGCUUUUACGGUGUUUGCCUUCCCUCCUGUUGGGUAUCUUCCUGACUACUUUUAUCAACUUUAUACUAUACAAUAACGAGAAACAGUCUUUUACCUCACCUCAAGAUGACUGGGAGAAAAUUUAUGAAAUGCUUGAGAAGUACUCACAACCCUGGGUUAAAAAUGAAAACAAGCACAAAGAAAUCAGAGACUGGAAACUUCUCAACACACAACUUCAGCAACACCAUGUAAAGAACAAAAUCACUGGUUCCUAUAAGGAAAUCAAGGAGAAAAGCAAAGGAAUAGAAAUUUGCUCUGAAGAUUCUCAAGUCUGGAAAAAUAAAAAUCAAGAAAUUGACAAGAAGCCGCCUCAGCGAAAUGAUCCCCAGUCUUGUCAAGACUGCAGGGAGAAAAUAGAAGAAAUCCUACAGAAUUAUUCACAACCCUGGGUUAAAGACGAAAAAAAGCUCCAAGAAAUCAGGACAGGGCUUCGCGUCAACUGCAAUGGUUUGGAGAACGCCAUCAUAACCCAGAAAAACAGUCCAAUGGGAACGAAGAUUGUCUAUGAUGGGGACAAGGGGCAUACUCUCAAAGUGAACUCACAACAUUUUGCAACAUUUGUCAAAAUGCAUCAGAUCUUGAAUAAAACGUUGCAUUCAUGUGCUGUUGUUGGGAAUGGAGGAAUCCUAGCAAACAGCAAAUGUGGACAUCAGAUUGAUUCAGCUGAAUUUGUGAUCAGAUGUAACCUAGCCCCUUUGUUAAAUGGAUAUGAGGAACAUGUAGGGAUGAAAACAGACAUUGUCACUGCAAACCCGAGCAUCUUAUCUAAAAGAUACGACUCGCUUUUAGGCAGUCGACGCAGGUUUGUGGAGAGUCUUUGCCAAUAUGGCGAUGCCAUGUUGCUACUUCCUGCUUUCUCCUACGUUGUAAACACAGCAAUGUCUUUCCGGGCUCUGCACACCAUUGAUGACUUUGAAAUGCCCCUCCAGUCUGCUUUCAUGAACCCAAGCUAUCUUCGGAGUUUGGCUGUUUUUUGGGGCUCUCACGGAUUGUUGGAAAAACGCCACAGCACCGGUUUUAUGAUGGUCAGUCUGGCGUUGGAGCUGUGUGACAACGUGGACCUGUUUGGAUUCUGGCCCUUCGGUGUUCACCCAGACAGCUUCCAAAACUUGACACACCAUUAUUAUGACAACAAUGAAGCUAAGAAAUCUGUACACGUUAUGUCGGAUGAGUUCAAAUUUUUGUUGCAGUUGCACAGCCAAGGUGUGCUGAAUCUACACCUUGGGGAGUGUGGAACAGAGGAAUAGAUUAGCUAGACCACUCUCAUGUAAAGGUUUAAAAAAUAUUUGUUACAGAAGAAAGAAUAUUAAUUGGAUUUUCAUCACUCCAUGUCCUUGUUGCUUAAAAAAAUCAUGGGUGUCUUUACCAUCGAACAUGACUUUCUGCACAGUAGCAGACUGAAGUCCGUCUCUGACCUUAAAAGUAUCAGAAAGGUGAAAGCAAACAGGCAGAAGCAACAGCAGGGAGCAGGGUUAGGGUUUUUAUAUCACAAAUUGCUUCUCGUUGAUGCAGAGCUGAGAGUCAAAGUCUGUUUUAAUUAAUUUAACGUUGUAAUAUAUAAGUUUUGUUUUAAAAUAAUCAGCAAACCUUUUGUCAUGUGACACAUUUCAUCUUAUAAAAAUGGUUUUGUAUACAACAGUGCAUGCCAGUGAACGUAACAGCUUCUUAACACACCAGUGGAAUCAGUGAUUUAAGUGUACCAGGUAAAACAGAAAAAGCAACAAGACAGAAACUUCUGGAAUAUGAGUGACUGCAAAUUUCAGUCAUGGUAAAAAAUUCUGCAAAGUUCUGCAUCUGCAAGUUAUAGGGGCUUAGAUAUUUCAUUCUUGCCCAAGCUUUUUGGGGUGUAAUAAAUUUUUAGUUUCUUCUUAAAUUUAUUUAUUUAAAGACUUGGUUCUGUGAAAUGGUGAGUGGUUUUGUACAUUUGAGGUUAGCUUUAAAUAAUUUGAGAAAGUGGGAAGGUUAGAUCAUUUAUUUGUUUCACAUAUAAAACUGACAGAGCUUGUAUCUUUUUCUUUUCUUUCUUUUUUUUACAACAUCCAUCAGCUGAAAACACUGAGUUCCUUUAAAUCAAAGCUAAAUAAUUAAUUAAUUAUAAUCUUAAUAUUUGAUAAUGAUUAUUUUUGAGGAUUUUUGACAACGUAGUGUUUGCUGUUCCCAAUACAAUUAAUUGCUGCUUUUUAUUUUUAUAAUGUAAAGCAUUUUGAG